AUGCACAAAAUAACUUUACGUCGCUACACGCCGCUGAGUGCCCUGGUUAAAAUCCACCAAGCAAGUGGGCCAUCAUGUCAGCAACCCGCCUCGACGAGUUCUCCCGCAAGUGUGGUGGAAAUGCCUCCAUGCGACUUCACACCAAAACAAUACAAGGGAAUGUCCAAAGAGCGUAUGUUGAAGAUUCGACAGACAAACUGCCACCCCAUGACCAUGAAGGUCACCUACUACAAGAAGCCGAUGUUCAUCCAUCAGGGUCACAUGCAGUGGCUGUUUGACGUGGACGGGAGGCGAUACUUGGAUUUGUUCGCCGGCGUAGCCACCGUAAGCGUUGGCCACUGUCACCCUAAGGUGACGGCGGCUGCAGAGCAACAGCUGAGGACGUUGGGACACACCACCAACAUCUAUGUUUAUCCGUCCAUCCAUGAGUACUGUGAAAAACUAGCGUCACAUUUGCCUGAUCCUCUCAAGGUGAUCUUGCUGACCAAUAGCGGCUCAGAAGCCAAUGACUUAGCUACGUGCAUGGCUCGAAUGUACACUGGCAACUUUGACAUCAUCAAUCUCAGGGGAAGUUACCACGGAGGAAGCCUGCACACCAUGGGUUUGACUUCACAACCAGGGUACAAAUACCCUGUCGGUAUUGGUUUAGGCUGCGCAAACACCAUGUGUCCUGAUGUGUUCAGAGGUCCAUGGGGGGGAAGCCGCUGCAGGGACUCUCCUGUGCAGACUAUCAGACAAUGUAACUGUGCCCAAGGCUACUGCAUGGCAAAUGAGCAAUACAUUGAACAGCUCAAAGAAACACUUCUCACCAGCGUCCCGAGUCGAAUUGCCGCUUUCUUUGCUGAGCCUAUUCAGGGAGUUGGUGGAGCGGUGCAAUACCCGAAAAACUUCCUGAAGGAGGCGUACAAACUUGUGAGGGAAAGAGGUGGCGUCUGUAUCGCUGAUGAGGUGCAGACCGGAUUUGGCCGGACAGGGAGCCACUUCUGGGGAUUCCAAGGUCAUGACGUUCUCCCUGAUAUCGUGACCAUGGCGAAGGGCAUCGGGAACGGUUUCCCGAUGGGAGCUGUUGUUACAACACGGGAGAUCGCAGACAGUUUCACAAGCGGUGUUCACUUCAACACCUUUGGCGGAAACCCGGUGGCUUGUUCCAUCGGGUCAGCCGUCCUAGAUACAAUCAAAGAUGAAGGCACACAGCAAAACAGUUUGGAGGUGGGCACCUACUUGAUGACUGAACUCGCCAAGCUCAGAGACAAGUAUGAGAUCAUAGGCGACGUCCGGGGCAAAGGCCUGCAGAUCGGAGUGGAAAUGGUCCAAGACAAGGCCAGCAGAAAGCCACUGCCUCAGCAGGAUAUGGCAGCCAUUUUUGAGGACAUCAAAGACAUGGGCGUCCUCAUCGGCAAGGGAGGAGUUUAUGGGCAGACCUUCCGCAUCAAACCGCCCAUGUGUAUCACAAUGAAGGAUGCCGAUUUCUUCCUGUCUGUUUUCAACAUGUCCAUCCAGAAGCACACGGAGGGAAGAUGA